AGGUUUCCUCUAUGAAAGACAUCACCCAGCCCUCAUUAAACAGUCUCUACCUACUGUCUUUGUGCUGAAUGAUAAAUUAGAAAUUAAAUGAUUGGUUUGAUAACAGUGCAUCACACAAAAGUAGUGCUGGGUUACACAAUAAGACUGUGAAAACAUCUUUCCCCUAUCAGUCGUGAACAUUUUUUAUUUCUAUCGAGGUCGAGAGCUGUGGAAAGAGCUCGAAGGUUUUUUGAUUCUUCAGAGAGUCUCUGGUUCCUCCACAGAACGUCUGCGUGAUGUGUCUUCCUGCAAGCUCUUCCUGUGGUUUUGACGUCUCCAAGUGAUGCUCUUCCUGUCUGUUGCCUGGCAACAGGAGGGAAAAAAUAGAUGAGGUGAUGAGUGAAGGUGAGCCCGAGGGAGAGGAGGAGGAGGAGGUGGAGGAGAAGGAGGAGGGUGGAAAGGAGAGAUGGUGGGGAGUGAAAGAAACUGGUUGUUAUUUUUUUUCUUUGCAGGCUUUUGUGGAUCAUUCCGUUUUUGUUCUCCAAUGUUCCUUUUAUAUCAAAAAAACUACAGGUGAUGUGGUGUGCAGUGGUGUGCUGCUGAGUGCAAGGCUGCGAAAAAUAUCAGAAUGUGAUUACAGGAAAUGUGCAACACUUUUGAAAAUAGAGUCCCCUCCAUGUACGAGGUGUUAUCCACGUCAGCUGUAGAAGUUUCUGCUGUAUAUUUCUCUAUAUAUCUUUACACUUUUCAGACUGAUUACUGUCUAGUUAUGGCAGUCUUGAAAUUUGCACAUCUUUUGCUUGCAGAAAGAACUUGAACCUUGAAAAAGUUGUUUCUAAUGAACCUGCUGAGAGAUAUGGAGAUUAACCACGCAUUUUAGUCACACAAAUAAAAAAUGUUUCUGCUUAGACUCCUUUGUGCACAUGCAACUUAAUGAGCUAUUAUUUGUACAAAUAGCUAGUUAGAGCAAUAAGUGGUAUGUUCAGUAACUAACUGCUGAGGAUAGACAGUAAGUACCUGGGUAAAAUGUAGAGAAACAGGAGUGUUCGAAGAUGUGGGCUACUUAGGUUAAUAACACUGCAACAUGUAUAAAGACAUUUUAAAAUGCAGAGACAUGGUAGAAACUUUGUAAAGAAAAUCACAGGGGGGAGCAAUGAAUCAACAGUUAUGCAAAGGAAUUUUGUUCUGCGUAAACUUCUUGGUUGUUCUGACUGACUGACUCAGUGCACUCAUUUAGGUUGUUCCUUAAAACUCACUUUUAUCUGAUUUGACUUGACCUGAAAUGUCAUGAUUUUAUGUUCAAAUGUGUAACUGAGUUAAUGAUCUGAGUGGGUUGAUCCCUUUAAACACAUAUUUUUAAAUUUGCAUUUUUCUGUUCCCUGACUUGUAAAGCACUUUGUAAUUGAGAUUUUGAAAAGUGCUCUAUAAAUACUAAUUUCAUAUAAUUUCGUUGCAUCCUGAUCUGUUUCCGGUGAGUCUCAGUUUCCCUGUUUAUUUUAACUUAAAACAAAGCCUUACUCUGAAUUACAAUCUGUUUUUUGGUGAGUUACAGUUUUUACUAUGAUCAAAUAUAGCUAGUUUGGGAGUGUGAGGCUCCACACAAAAAAUUUUGAUUUUUUUCUCCAUUCUUCUGUUUUUGAUGUGGUGCAGUCAUGUGGUUUUGGUGAGUCUGGGUUUCACUGUGAGUAGUAAGUGACACAAAGACUUCCCUCUAGCCUACAUAUGUGUUUCCAAUGAGUCUCUGUUUUAUUUCAGGUAGUAAGUUACGGGGGCAUUUUUGUAGCUCACAAGUCUCAAUUUCUGAUGAGUUUCAGUUUCACUGUUAAGAGUUGGUCAAACAAUGGUGUCACUCUGGCUUUCAGGUUCAACAUGAACCUUAAAACACAUUUAAUUCAAGGUUUUUGAUGUAAGCAUUAUGAUUCAAAUUUGUACGAAGUAAAAAGACAAACUUUGCUCAAGAGAAGAAAAAAAAACUUUUAAAAAGUUUGUUAAAUGAAGAUCAGGUCAUCAUCUCUAAUGCAUUCCAGGAAGUCAAGUCAGUCUCUACACUGGUUGUCUUUAGUGACACAAACUCAGUCAGAUUAGUCUCAGUCUAAAUUUUGUAUCAAAAGCAGACUGUUUGUAUACAGAUAUCAGUUUACAGAGGAUGAUUUAUUCUCACAAGACUACCACUUAUGGAAGCAGGGUAUUGCCACAGUAGAUUGUGUUCUGCCUGUUUUUGCUCUCCAUACUGCAAACAACAAAGCCUGUUGCUGUGUGAUUGGUUAAUACUCCUAAGAAUUCAAAAGUACGAUUGACUAAGCAUCCCUAGCAUACAGAUGACUUAUUUUUUGGUAGAAUCUGUGAAAAAAGAGUACAGACAUUAAAACCCCAGCAUGCUUUUUGAAGAAGACAUAGAUUUAGAGAUCUUUGCCAUCCAAACCUUUGCUUCAAAUGUUCUGCACUGACAUACUCAGACGAUGUUGAAGCGUUAGUGAGUCACCACAGUGACGCAUACUGGUGGAACAUUUGUUUUAGUUUGUGUGAGCAUCUCUGCACACAGAAACAAACCAAUCUUCAUUAAAUUUCAUCACUAUUACAUGGAAAUAAUAAGCAUGAAAUAAUCAGGUCAAAGAAAGUAAAUGGAUCAGUGUCAUUACUGAACCAGUUAAAAAAGCAACAUCAUUUUUCCAGCUACUUUAUUUUCAGUAUAUUUAAGGCUGAAAUAUCAGGGAGAAUUUUGCCAGUUGACGUCAAACUGAUCUGUAAGUGUUGCAUUGAUUCACCCAUUCUCGCAUUCCUCCUCGUGCCCUAAGUGGGAGGAUGCAAGUGAUGACAGCAAGGAUGCAUAAAUGACAAGAAUCCUGAUUGAUAAAAUUCCUUGGAGAGACAGAAAGACCAAGGAAUAAAAAAGAGACAGAGUGAAGGAGGGGGGGAAUAAAGAAAAGGAAAGGAAUCACCAGAAGGGAAAAGGUUUGGUCCCUCAGCUGUAGAGAGGAAGGGGGAAGAGAGGGGGGAGGUUCAGGAGGAGAAGGAAGGAUCAAUAUCUAAUUUCAGUGCUGAGUUCACUGUGGACGGUUUUCCAAUAAGACUGGGAUAAAACACCAAAGUUUGAAUAGUCGUGUAUCUCUGUCUGCCUCCCUGUGCAUCUUUCUCCCUCUCUUUGUCUUUUUUUCUUUGGCUCCGCUCUAUAAACUGCAGAGCAAAGAUGUGAAGUUGAACUGAAAAGAAAACAGUAUGAACACUGCAUUUAAUUACCAAAAAUGUAAAACCAUGAAAGCAGGAUACUUAAUAAAUCACAGGAUAAGAAACCUGAAUAAGUUGACUUUUCCUGGACCACAAAAAUGUAACUGGAGGCUUUAAGACCUGAUAUACUAAGAAAUCUGAGCUUUCUUCUGCUACCAGACUAAUUUAUUAAAUAACUUUGGUGGAGCAGAAUCAAUAGAGGAUGAAGCUAGCGGAAUUAACGCAUUGCUAGCUGACAGCUUGCUAAUUACUUUUAGCUUUUUUACCACAUAAAAACUACUACUUGUUAAUGUAUACGGUCAAAUUAAGUGGUUGACCAUAUACAUUAACAUGCAGCAUUAAGCAGAGCUACAGCUAUGGCUAGAUUAAGCAGAUUAACUGAACUUGUUCCAGUUACAAACAUUGAGUGAGAAUCACGUUAUAGACAAAAGUAUGUCCGCCUCACUGAGGUAAAGUGGCAAUAAGCCCCUUUUUGGCUAGUUACUGUCAGACCCCAACACACUGAGCCAUCAAUGCUGGUAGUAAAACAAGAAGACUAGUGGUUGUCAUGGGUCUGGUCCAGUCUGGUUGCAGUUUAGCAGUCAGUAGUCAUACUUUGUAGGUAACUAUUGAAGUAGAAAUGACUGGAUUUGAGUUCUUGGUGUGGAAGACCAUGGCUGCUUUAGGUUUUGUUUACCAUGAAUUGUUUUACACCAAAAUAUGUCGCCAAAAUAAGACAGCACGUGACGUGCUCAGUGAUGUUCUUGGACAUUUUAAAAUAAUUUAACUUGACAAAUUUAGAGACAACAGAGGAGACGUGACAAAAAAGAGAAUUUUGCUUUUUUUUAUUAUUACAAGUACUUCAAAUGGCUUUAAAAUGAUAUUAGAUCCUUCCAUUAUGGUAAAGUGGCUUCCUGCAGUUCAAACUGUUGCAGAAGUGCAGAGUGAAGGUGUUGAGGUGGAGUUUGCCUUUCUGAAAUAUUUAUCUGGAAAAAGUACCAAUGCAACUUUGUAGCAGCUACAUAGUAAGCUCCACAUCUCUGCUUCCUCUUAGUUCAUUUCUUUCACCACAAGUCCUGUUAUUAGAUUUCUCUAUCAACUCUCUAUCAAAUAUUUACUAGUGACUGAAGAAGCCUUUGGACCCGGAAAUGGGUUUCAUGACCAGGGUGAGGUCACAUUUAACAACCAGAUGGAUUAAAAGUUGGUCCUAUACUCGUCAGUUGAUUUAUUCCCACAGCAAGUUUGAGGUCCCAAUUUCGAGUUUCAAACCUUAAGUGAAACAUGAUGGUCCUUUUGUAGACCAUGGUCCCAUUCAGAGUCAAAGAAAACCCAUAGUUGGAAAGAAUUGAUCAAGUUAGCAUCAGCUAAUAACUCUGCAUUUGCUUGCUCCUGUUCCACCCUCUUGUUCUUGUGUUGGCUCAAAAACAAGAAAAUUUAGUCAAAAGGCCAGACUGCUGUCAACCAAAGACCAGCAACUUGUUAUAUACAUUCAGAGUGAUUGGUACUCAAUGUGCUUUACUCUGGAUGUACACUGCAAAGCACAAAGGAGGCAGAGGAGAAAAUUAUAGCUUCUGAAAUAUCGGCAGCUUCAAGACGAUCUCAGAAAAAUCAAGAAAAGAAGCAGUUUGUCAUUGUAAAGAUGACGAAGUGGCAUUCAGACAUCAUAUUCAACGCCUUCCUGCCUUAACACAACUGAGGUACAUUGUUUUAUUUGUCUAAUUUCAGCACUUACUGUCUUUUCAUUAAGAGGCUAUGCAGAGACAAAGAGCACUGCCAAUUGUACACUUCACAAUCACACGCACUGGUAAAGCCUGCAAAAGAGUUUUCUCUUGGCUACUUUAUACCUCCUGCUUCUACAACCAUCGAAGUGUGUGUUCAGGGUGGGAAGAACAAAUCUUUAACACCAGAUACCAAAGCUGAACUGAAUCACUGGUGCCACCAGCAGAUACAGAAACUUUUUACACUAGAGCUCCCCUUACAGGAGGCUGAAGGCACGGACAUCUAGGUGAUACAGCUUCAAUGUUCUGCAUGAUUCGAACUGCUGAAAAGCUUACUAAUAGAAAGGAAAAACAAUGAUCUGCUGCUGGGUUGUUAAAAACCUAGAGAUAAGGCUUCUUUAAGCUUACAUAACAGAGCAAAUCAGACUUAAAGGUCCCAUAGAGUGGUAUGUUUAGCUUCUUACAACAUGUCCUAAUUGUCUUUUUUAGUUGCAAAAAAAAAGGUUACAUAUCCAGCCUCUGUUGAGGAUCUGCAGACUCUCAGCUUCUAACCUUAUCGUCCAUACAGUGAUCUAUGUGGGUGGGAGUGUUAUGAUAAUGAGGUGCUGCACUGAUUGGCUGCUUGGUUAUUGAUGUUGUUUGGUGGUGGUAAUGGUGGUGGUGUUGGUGGGGGCUUACAUGGUGAGUGCACCAGGAGAACAUUCACAGGUACCGAGCCAAAUGUUUCUUGGUUGGUUGUUUCGUGAAUGAGACCGAAGAUAUGCUGUUCAUGUACUGAACCCCAUGUUUUUAGGGUUGACAAAACUGUCUGUAAACUCAGUGAAAAAGGCACUGUUUUUAUGUUUUUUUAUUUUUUUGCCAGGACAAUAGCCAAUUUUACCACUGAUUUUUUUUCCUUGAGUGUGACUGCAGCAAAUAAAUACAAAGUGGAGACCCUUACAGAUGUCACAUCUGCUGCUAUUGUGUCUCAGGCCUUGUACACAUGUAGCCUGGUACUUUUCUGAACAAAUAUCCAACCCCCUCUGUUUAAAAAAAAGCCUCAUUGUUUUCAGAUAAAAUCCCAUCCACACAAAACUGCAUAAGUGUGCCAUUGACCGCAGUUAUAAGAAUGCCAGACCUAGAGCUGGUAGUAUUUUCCGAAAAGUUAGACCCGUUUUAUCCAAUUAGAACAAGCCUUCCUAUGAAACAUAGCAUAGAAUACCAUAGCAUAGCACUGUGUAGUUCAUUAGUGUGGACCCACAAAGAGCUGGAAAUGGUUUUAAACAUUGUUUUGGAGUAUAAAGUCAACAAGAUACAAGAAAGGUGGAGGACGUAUAUAACUGUGCCAUCCACUCCCUGACAUAAACAAGAGCAUCUUAGCAAUACUUAGUAUAUGACAUUUAACUAUUAGUUGUCGCGGACAUUGAUGUUUGGGAAUUGAAAGCUAUCUAUGUCCGCACACAAAAGUCAAACCAGAGUUUUCCAAAAUCUUCACUUUGGCCGGAGUUUGUUACAUCAUCAUAGGUGCAAAUUCAAAGUGCCUCACCAAAGUUGUUUUUCCAGUAAAUGGACUACAAAUAAUGCAAAGGUUCUUUUGCUUUCACAGUCUCCGGGGGUGAGAGACUUGAGGCUGACUGCAGUGUAGUGUAUGUAUCAUUAAAGGAAAUGGGUUUUUCUCAUUAUAUGGGACCUUCGAUAUAAUUGGAGACCUGGACUGAAAACUUAUUUACAGAUCAUAUGAUGUUACAAAAUCAUAUGAUGUUACAAAAUCUUAUCUUAUCUUAUCAAUCUUAACCCAUCUUUAUAAAAACAUUCUAGGGCUUUGAAGGCACAUGCCAAUCUUGAGUUUAUAUGUUUAUUUCUGCAGUUAAUUAGGACAUUUUAAUGUUGGGCUCUUAGGGGGUUCACUCUCUUUUAGAGACAGCCUUUAGUGGACAUUUGAGGAACUGCAGUUUUGCUGCUUUAACUCUGGCUUUGUCUUUUAUUCUCAGACUUUGCUAUUUGGCCUUGUCAUUUUGAGAUUUCACAAAAUGCGUAAAUUAUUAAACCCCUUAGUGGUGGUUCCAUGAAAGACACUCUUGAAUUAAUCAUUUUUCAUUGCCUUUCAGCUUUAAAAAAUGUCUGAACAAUACAGUCAUCUAUACAGAGUGACUUGACUUCUUUUGUCCUUAUUAAUUACUGAAUUAAACUGCUUGCAAGAUUUUACUUUGGUGAAGUGAUUCAUGCCAAACUCUAGCAUACAGUGGAUGAUGCAUGUUCAGAACUACUGUUAUUAAAAUGAAUAUGUAACUUCUGUUCAUACAGUUGCACUGACUUGCAUUAAACAUGAACAAUAAUUACUAUUAAUCAGUUAUGUUAUCCUGUUUUUACUAUUUAUAUAAGUGUAAAAAUCGUGAUGAAACAGGUAGUAGUUCAUUGUAGUUUAUGGAGAACAUCAACGAUAUUUUGUUAGUUAAUGUAAUAUUUAUAGAGACUUUAAAUCCAGCAGAUGGCAGUUUUUCCUAUUGAAUACCAUUGGAUACCGUGAGACUUCAGUAUGGAUCUCUUUGACAAAAAUCACACUAGACAGGUCAGGAGUUUCUCAUUCAUAACUCUAUACCACACUGCCACCCGGUGGAUUUUUACAACACUGCAACAGCACCAUUAAAAUCUCCCAGCAAGUGCAAUUAGAAAGUUUUCAAACGUGUGUUUGUGUGUGCGCGCACGUACAUGUGUGCGUGUGUGUGACAAAUAGUUAAAAUCUGUUUCUAAUUUGUUUGUUCUGUGAAAAUUCUCUGUGUUUUAGUUAAAUACAUACAAUUUCUACAAGCUUGCCAAAACAUUUUAGAUUUACUUUUUGAGCUUUGCUACAAGAUAAGGGUUUUUUAUAUUAUCAUGUUUAGUAUUAUUUAAAAGUCAAUUGGUUAUAUCAUAUUUUUCUUGCAGUACAACAUGACUUUAUUCGUAUUAAUUAGAUAGUUUGUUCUCAGUGCAAUAAUAUUUAAACUCGUGAUUUCCUCUGUUAAGAUUAAUUUUAAUUUAACUUUAAUUUUUAAUUUCUGACCUCUGUAAUGAGUCUUUUAAUGUCUUGUGUUAAGCACUUUUAAUCUUGCUGCUUUUUUUAAUCCUUGUGUUGGUAAUUUUUUGGAUUAUAUUUUAUGGAAAAAAUGUAUCCAUGUAUUGGCCAAACUAAUCUGUAACUUUUAGAUUUAAUAAAUAACAAGGCUCCUGAAUCAUAUAACUCAUUACCUACGAUAGUAUAAUUAAAGAUUGUCGUUUUAGGUCCACUUUUCCACACUUUUAGUUGUUUUGAAAGUCGUCGGUAAACAUUACCGUUUUCAGCCAAUGGGGGGCGCUGUUGUCUUUUCUCCUGUCAGAAAACCAAAUAAGGAAAUGACGUUGAGCCGCACGGAGCAGGUCCCAAAUAGAAAAGUGAAGCUGUGACACCGGGACCCGGUCUCAGAGGGUCAAAGAGGGUCUGAGAGAGGUCGAGGAGGGUGCUGGACCUGGGGCUGAAACAAACGAGGUUAGUACAGUUAAAGAGAAUGACUUUUGUACAGUUUAGACACGCUGGAGAUGUUUAAUCUGUCUUAAAAACAGAGAUGUCGGCGGUUUAGUGUUAGCAUCGUGGCUAGCAGAGCCAUGGUAACAGCAGCUGAGGUGGCACGUGCGGGGCCUUAAAGGGGACUUUAAAAUUUAAUUAAAAAAUAUUAAGUGAUUAUUAUAAUGUGGCUGGAAAGUUGAAACCUUAUUCUUAUUUUGUUAGUUAUUAUUAGCAUGUAGCUAUGGCGUUACACUUAUCCUUUCUAACAUUUCUGUAUUAUUUAUCUGAUUAAUCCGGUUAUCUUUGGCUGCGAAGAUGAUAUUUGAGCUUAAACAACAAGAAAAAUCUGUUAUUCUAAAAUUAGUUUAUGACUGUGUGGUUUCCAAAGUCAUGUAAACAGCCAUACUAUCCCUAUAUUUUAAAACUUGUGUAAAUCAAAUGUACUUUAGUAGGCCAUGCAUUUUAUUCAAAACUAAUACUAAAGGUUUUUAGAUAUGCCAAUAUUAGUAAGGUAUUGACCGCGGAUAGUGAUAAUACACAGGUGAUAAUCGUGAUAAUAAUCAUUCAUAACAAUGGUACAGAGAGAAAUAAAUGGGUAAAAGUAACAAUAAAAGUUGAAGUAAUUACAACAUCAAAUAAACAGAAAUCAGAGUUUGAAUCUUAACUGUUCAAGAAGAUGUGAGUUGUUUAGGCUUUAUUGUAAUGCUGUUCAAAAUACUGGCCUCGUCCGGUCUGCCUGUGCGCUCUGUAAUGUUGGUCACAGCCUCAGAAGGAAUGUGUUCCCUCUGCUCCGGUCACAAGACGCCUGCUGACAGCUGAAUAACUGCUGGCCAGAAUCUGCUGCCCAAAUUUGGCUGCAGAUGGGUGUGUGUGUGUGUGUGUGUGUGUGUGUGUGUGUGUGUGUGUGUGUGUGUGUGUGUGUGUGUUUGUGUGUGUGUGUGUGUGAGUGAGUGAGUGAGUGAGUGAGUGAGUGAGUGAGUGUGAGUGAGUGAGUGAGUGUGUGGUCCCAAUCCAAAUAUCUGCCAGGUGAUAGACCCCCUCCCCUCCAUCUUUAACAUUGCUGCAGUGGGAACAAAUGAAUAGUGGAGGUGAAAUAUCUGAAAUGAGGCAGACGGAUGUCUGACACCUCACAUGAAACAACAACACACUUUAACGUUGCAUAUAAGCACCUAAAGUACAAAACAUGCUUGUGGUACAACAGUAAAAUAAAGUCAGAUAUUAGGGGUCUUCUUAUUUCCAACCCAGAUAUCAAACACAAAGUUCUUAAUUAGUUUUUUUUUUAAAAAGUGCUGAAAAGCAAAUGAUGAAAUCCUUCCCCAGAUUUAACCAGUGUGUACUACAGAAGUCUGUGACUGGUUGAUUGUAAAUCCACACAGGUCUUAAAUAAAGGAAUCAUAUUCUUUUAAUAACUUUGAAAUCAAAUCUGAAAGGAGUGGCAGCAUAAAGACACAAAAACUUCAAUUUUCCUAACAUAAUUUAGUUUGACAAGGUCUGCAUUUUUACAGCGUUGUCCUCUUCCCAAGUGCUUAUACAGUAAAUUUCAUGAGUUCGUCUUUAGUUUGGAGAAUUAUUGAGGUUAAACAAAACUGAUUUGUGUUUUUAUUUCUCAUACAAAGUGUUAGAUGUGAGUAAUGUACAUAUAGUUGAUUUUUCACCUUGUUAUCUGUGCACUGUAACAGGAUGGGGGACACAGCAGAAGUUGAGGGCAGCUUCUACUCCAAUGCAGAAGACUACUGGAGGGAGGUUCCCCCCACAGUGGAUGGCAUGCUGGGGGGAUAUGGCAGCAUCUCCAGCAUCGACAUCAACGGGUCCAAGGCUUUCCUGCAGAAGUUCCUUGGUGUAAGAAACUUGAAACUUCUAGUCUCCCUCCGUUACACUCCUCUCUGAAAGCUUCAGUUUGUGUCACAGCAUUUGUUGUCCGUCUUUUCAGGAAGGUGAGGGAAAGACCGGAACGACCUGCGCUCUGGACUGUGGUGCAGGCAUCGGGAGGAUCACCAAGCGAUUACUGCUGCCUCUGUUCAAAACUGUGGACCUGGUGGACGUGACCAAGGAGUUCUUGGACAAAGCUAAGACGUACCUGGGAGAGGACGGAAAGAGGGUGGGAAACUACCUCUGCUGUGGGCUGCAGGACUUUGUACCAGAGAGUGGACGCUAUGAUGUCGUCUGGAUACAGUGGGUCAUUGGUGAGUUAAUGGAUGUUAUUUGGGUAAAAUAAUGAUAAAUAGGUAUUUUGGACAUGAAUUAACAGCACAGAAACAUAAAAGCCAUACCUGUGCUUAACUUCGCUUGAUCAUAUUAGUAGUAUUUUUAAGUAAACCUUAUUUCUACUUUUUUAAGUUAUGAAUUGAAUUUUUGGUGUAAAGCUUACAAAAUGUUUGAAAGUACGUACAACUGCGCUGUAGCUUCUUCACAGGCAGAUAGAUACAGCAGCUGUCACUCACACAUACAUCUAUUAGAUCUGUGUGGGCUAACUGUUUACAAUUUUUUUAACUAUAUGAUGGACCUAAAACGUAUGCACUUAGGCAUAAUCUGUCCUCGCUUUGCAGUCCUCUGUACGUUUUGAUGGAGAUAUCAGUUUUUGUCUCUCCAAAAAAUGCAUCAACUACAGUGUAACAUCUCAUGGUCAUUUCAUUGUUUUGUGCAACCUGUUGCUGUUGAUUUCAUCCUGCUUUCCUACUUUUGUUUCAUCUGUAAUAACAAGCCUCUGUUCGUGACGCUCAUUAGUCAGUGUUUGGGGUGCAACUCUCUUUCUUUCUGCUGUUACUUCCUCAGCUUGAGAAAAUCUUAGACUUCUUUAGAGUCCUCCUCACUGCUCCUGACAGUUUUAAACCUUAGGAGCCCUCUGAAUUUUGAAUUAUUUCAAUCUUUACACUGAUUUGGUCUUCACUUGUAUGGAAAAUGCUUGAAAAUUGUCACAUUUUAAGAGCUUUUUAGAAUUUUGUUGGUAGAUGCAAUUCGUGAUUACAGCCACUGGAUCCUUCCUCUCUAUAAAACAUCCCCCCUUCCCAUGCAGGUCACCUGACAGACGACCACCUGGUGGAGUUCCUGCGUCGCUGUCAAAAAGCUCUUCGGCCAAACGGUCUCAUCGUGAUUAAGGACAAUGUUUCGUACGAAGGCGUGGUCCCAGACGAGGUGGACAGCAGCGUCUGUCGAGACCUGGCCAUCGUUCACAGUCUGGUGAGCAGAGCGGGUCUGCGGAUCGUCCAUGAGGAGCAACAAAUGAACUUCCCUAAGGAGAUCUACCAAGUCCACACUCUGGCUCUCAGAUAGAGGACUCAAGGGACAUUGUAAACAAAGAGUUUCUGGUGUGGAGAGGAGGAUUUUCUCAUCAGUAAAUCAUGGAUAACGGUUUGAAAGUGACAUGUUUGGUAACUCUACCCAUAUUCUGCUCUGUGCCUGUUUCUAACUCUUCAUGUCUGUGGUGUACGGAGGACCUCUGCCGUGGUUAAACAGGGCUUUAGUCGUAAAUAUUUUGGGUUCUAAAGGGCGAAUAGCUCGGCAAAAACAAGUCCAUAGAUUGUUCCCUUCAAAAGCAUCCAGACUCCUUUUAAAACGACAGUAUAUUUCCUUCCUGCAACACGUGCUGCUGGCCAUCCACUGCCUUGGUAAUUUUGUAUCUUUGUGUUAUUGUAUGGCUGAAGUAUGGUAAAUAUUUAGUUAAAACCCAGCACAGUAGUUUUAGAUGCCUAAAUGUUGCAGAAAAUGCACAAAUUGAGUCAACGCAGCCUAGCAACUCCUGGUUCUGUUAUGCAAAUUACUGUUUUACUGUAAGAGUGUGAUCUAACCGAUCAUUUUGGUUAAAAAAUCAACUUCCUCGUUAACAAAAGGUCUGUAUCUGUGGGUGUUUCUCUUUGCUAUGUUGGCAGAUCCUCAUUGAUAACAGUUUGAUCCUGUCAGUGUGGAAAAAAAAAACCUUUUAGAGGACCUACAUUUGCCUAAAAGAUUGCAACAACUUCAGCAGCUCGUUUUUGGCUGCAGGCUGAAGCAAUUUACUGUCUACAUUUUUAUACCUUACAGUCAUUAAGACCCCAAAAUAUGCAAGCAAAGACGAAUACAUCGAUGUGGUCCUUUUAACAUGUUUCAGCUUUUGGAUAUGGACAAUCAAUCAAUAGAAACUCUGCUGCUGUUUGGAAACUGAGGAGUCAUGUUCUGGCGUCAAUCUUACAGACUGUUCAGAGACUGUCAACAGUUUACUCAAUACUUAUUUAUUACACACGCCUGAAGCUCGGCGUCAAGUUCUGUUUCUGGGUGUGAUACUGAAAGCGUUUUAAAGGCAGCACCAACAAGCAGAGAUCCGGGGAAACUCACAUCCAGAACCGUUAAUGGACAUUUUGAUGUUUUACAGCUUACUGAAAUCUGACAACACAGGCUUGUUUUUGUAUUUUUACUUGUAGGUGAAAGAUGUGUUCCUCAGUUUUAAAAUAAUGUGUUACAGUAGACACUCAGUCUGGUUUAGUACUGGAAUUUACCAAAUAAAUCACUGAAUGCAACUGAUGGUUAGAAUAACAGCUAAAUCCUACAGAAGUGACACAAUUCAAAUCCUGAAAGUCAUGAUGUGAGAUGAUGAUGAAGUUUAAAAACAAGAAUUUUAUAACCUGAUGUGAUUCAUAUCAAAGGAUUGUAAUUUUAAACAAGUAAAAAUGUAAAGCUGCUUUGUCUUAAGGUUUUCUUCUCUGAUCAUUUCAUCAUUACCUUCAUUCACACACACAGCUGACUGACUUACAUACUAUCAUCCAUUUGUACUGAUGUUCAGAGUUGUUUUAGCAGUGUCUCCAACAGAGAUAGACCAACUCAUUGAUUGGGCCAAUUAUUUGCAUUUUGAAAUAAUUUGCUUAUUUCUGGGCUCAUGAGGCAAAAUGAACGAAUCACAUCUGCAUACACUAAAGGCAGAAAAAGUGCAUGAAAAGAUGAGAAUUAAGUAACAUUAGCUUGAUUAGACAACUUACAGUCUUGUUUUUUUUAUUUUUAUUUAAUGUUAUUUGAUGAAUAGUUGAGCCGUAUCACGCUGUUUGGUGUUUAUCUUCAGCAAAGUUCAACAAUGAACAGUCACAGCAGCCAAACAAAAGUCUUUAAAUUAUUGUUUAUUAUUGAUUAUUUUAUUAAUUGUGUACUGCUUCAUGAUUGGUCCUUUCCACUGCAUUACUUUCACAGCAACGUCAAAUUGGCUUCACCAUUUUCAGGUAAUUAAACUUACCUGGUUUAUUUAAUGGUUUUUUUAUUCUCAUACAUUCAUCUUUUUCAUUUUCUACUUGGCAGUUUUAAAAAAACAGGAAUUGCAUUAAAUAUAACACCCAUGCCCCCUCUUUAUUUAUUUUGUGUAAAAGCCAAUACAUACUAGGCUGUAAGAAGGUUACUUAUUUGCCCUUUUUUUAAGGAUCCAGAUUGAGAGUUGGCAAAAACAGAUGUGGUUUUUGCACUAAAAUACACUUAAGUUUCCAGAAAAUGAAUGGACCCUUAUUUGAAAAGCCCUCCAACCAAAAGUACUUUUGGUUGGAGCUUGGUAGAGUAGAGGACGCCUGAACGAAUGUUUCUUGAAGAACAAUAAAACUAUGAUCCACGCUGAACCUUUCCCUUGUCUGUCACUGGAUGAUAUUUCCUCUUCAUGAACUCUUGUUCGUGUCAAUGUUGAUAUAAGAAAUGAUGGAUAACCAAUGAGUCAUUUUUGAGGACUGAAGGGUUUAAACAGACUCGUGAUCAGGACCAGGUCUCACUCUGGAAUUGUCCAGUCUUCUCCAUGAUGUCCAGCAUCUGCUCGGCGUCCUCAGAGGACACGCCGCCUUCCUGCUGGAAGACCUCCUUCAGAGCGUCACACACACUGUUGGGCAUCUGUUUGGCACUUCUGCAUAAAACAGAAUUUAAAAACAAUAUUUGACUCUGCUUCUUUUUGUUUCAUCAAUAAACUUCAUUGAACUAA